UCCCUCUCUCUCGCCUCCCCCUCCACUUGCGCAAAACCCAACCCAGAACCCCCAAACCCUCGCCGUUCGCCUCAAAUCCACCACCAUUUCUCCAAAUUUCAGCUCACCCCCUUCCGAAUUCGGCUUGGUUUCCAAUCCACAUAUGGAGCUGCAGCUCACUCCCCUCCGCUGCCUCCCACUCCACUACCGCACCACCACCAAAGCCACGGCCACGGCAACGACCAACACCGUCUCCGCAUGCUCGGUGGAAUCUCAAGCGCUCAAGCCACGCCCGCAGCUCCCACGGCAGGCGCCCUUCCGCAGCCGCAGGCGCGGCAGCCCCGUCCAUCUCCCUUCCCUCUGCGCCGCCAUCGAGCGGCUGGUCGCCGAGGGGCGUCACCGGGAGGCUUGCGACGCGCUCCGGGACGCUCGCGCGGGCGCCCCCUUCGUGGCUCUGCCAGCGUCCACCUAUGACGCGCUGGUCACGGCCGCCUCCGCGUUGCGGGAGGCCGGUUCCGCGGCAGGGGUACUCUGGCACAUGGAGAGCUCCGGGUUCCAGCCCGACCAGUACAUGUGGAACCGAGUGCUGGGCAUGUAUUUGGUGUGCGGGAUGCUCGCGGAGGCGCGCGAGGUGUUCGAUGGAAUGCCGACCAGGAGCCGGGUCACCUGGGGGGUGAUGAUGGGCGGGCUGGUUGAUGCGAAGCGUCCCCGUGGGGCGCUGGCGCUGUUCGGGGAGCUCUGGGAGGUGGGUGUGGGUGCUGGGCCGAGGGUUGUCGUGGUGGCCGUCCGUGCGGCCACGGUGUUGGGGUCGGUGCACGCUGGACGGGAGCUGCAUUGUUGCGUUGCCAAGAUGGGGAUGUGCGAGGACCAAUACCUGCCAUGUGCACUCAUCGACAUGUAUAGUAAGUGCGGGCGGAUUGACGAGGCGAGGCGGGUGUUUGAUGGGAUACCAUGGAGGAGUGUCGUGGCGUGGAACACGAUGCUGGCAGCAUAUUCGCUCCAUGGGCGCAGUGAGGAGGCAUUGGACUUGUACCACGAUAUGUGCGAGAGUGGUGCCGGCUUGGAUCAGUUCACAUUCUCGACGAUGCUCAGGAUUUUCUCUAGGUUGGGUCUGCUGGAGCAUGCAAAGCAAAUCCAUGCGGGCCUGAUUCAAAGUGGACUACAAAUGGACAUUGUCGGGAAUACGUCACUUGUUGAUCUGUAUUGCAAGUGGGGUCAGAUGGAAGACGCAAGGCAUGUUUUUGAGAGGAUGCCUAGCAGGAACCUGAUAUCAUGGAAUGCUCUAAUAGCAGGGUACGGCUACCAUGGCAUGGGGAGUAAGGCUAUUGAGAUGUUUGAAAGACUGCUGGCUGAAGGCAUUGCUCCAAACCAUGUGACAUUUCUAGGAGUACUAAAUGCAUGUAGGUUUUCUGGCUUUAUUGACAAAGGGAAGAGGAUUUUCCAAUUGAUGACCCAAAAUCCAAAAACGAAACCACGUGCAAUGCACUACGCCUGUGUUAUCGAACUUUUUGGGCGGCAGGGGCUACUGGAUGAAGCCUAUUCAGUGAUAAGGAAAUCACCGGUCACCCCAACUGCCAACAUGUGGGGAGCCUUGCUCACUGCUAGUAGGAUGAACAAAAAUAUUCAGCUUGCUAGACUAGCUGCAGAGCAACUCUUGGCAAUGGAACCUCAGAAAGUAAACAAUUACAUUGUGCUUCUCAACUUGUAUAUGAACUCUGGGAAACGGGAUGAAGCUUUGACUGUAGUAAGCACCUUGAAGAGGGCGGGGUUAUCUAUGAGUGCUGCUUGUAGCUGGAUCACAGUCAAGAAAAAAGAUCACAGGUUUUUCUUUAAUGAUAGUCUCAAUCCCAAGAGUUCAGAAAUCUACCAAAGGCUAGAUACACUAAUGGAGGUGAUAAAAGAACUUGGUUAUGUUAUUGAGGAGGAUGAAUUGCUCCCUGAUAUUCUCCCUGAUGAGCAGAAGACAUUGAAAAUGUUCCAUAGUGAAAAACUCGCAGUUGCUUUUGGCCUUAUUAGCACAUCUCCAUCUGCUCCCUUGACGAUCAACCAAAGCCAUCGGCUGUGCCAUGACUGCCACAAUGUAAUCAAAUUUGUAACACAAGUUACGAAGAAAGAGAUUACCGUAAGAGAUGCUAGCAGGUUUCAUCAUUUCAAACUUGGAACAUGCUCUUGUGGUGACUACUGGUAGCUAGCAAAAAUACUGCUAAACAAAAUUUGCCGAUGGCCGAUGGUUCGGAGGUUCUGAAGCCAACUCUGGACUGGGAAAACUUGGAAAAGUAAAUUAGUAAUGUUUGAAGGUUCUGAAGCUAAACAAAAUUAGUCAGCA